GACGAUGGCGGAAGUGGUUCGCUCCAAGAAACCUAAGCAGACGAGUAAAGCCCAGGACAAAAGGAAAAAAGCCACUGCAGAAGCCAAUAAACAAGAGCGUUCAAAACUAAAAUCAAACCAAGAAUCAGUUUCUAGUGUUUCAGAGAUAUCUGAAGUUUCUUCAUCUUUUUUUACUGAAGUUAAAAAGACUCAAAAAGAAAUUGUUUCAAAAUCUGAUGAUGAGAGAACAGAGUUGUCUUCAAAUCAGCCUGUAACUGAUUUGAAAAAUAUUGUCAGUGAAGAGUCUGAAUUGUGUAAAAAAUCUGUGUCCUUGACGAUUAUUGAAUCUGAAAGUCCUCAUGCAGUUCAGCAAACUGGGUUGAGCCAUAACAAUGAGAUUCAGGCAUGUCAGACAAAAAUAAUUAAGCCAGACCAUGACCUUUAUUCCUCUGGAGUUACUACAGCCAACCAAGAAAUGCCAAAGAGUGUUCAUUUUCCAGAAAAAAAUGUAUUGCCUUGCUCUAGUGACACUAGUAGUGAAACAACAGAACACUUGCAGUCGACUGGUGAUUUUAAAUCUGCUAUUGGUAGUGCUUCAUUGGCCAAAGCUGUUUUGGACUACAAUAAAACUUCUUCACAACAGACAAUUGUUGAUUUACCAGACUCAGAGUUGGAGAGCAGGGAAGAUUUUAAGAGACCCGCUGUCCUAACACUGGGUGACGGAGAGCAAGAUAUACUUGAUACACAGCUGCAUAGCAUAAUGAAAGAUCUUCCUGCACAACUGACCUUUAAAAAGUUGUAUCCUGAAUUGGUUGUGAAGGUGAAGGAAAACCAAGAGUCUGUACCACAGCUUUCACCCCAUUCCAAAAUGCUGUAUCCAGAGAUCCCACUUGAACCAGAAAUUAUACCAUUUUCAAAAGAAGAGUUGAAAAUGUUUGCAUCAGGCUCAUGGUUGGAGAAUGUUGAUGCGUACACUGAAGAUUUUCUUUCUGUGGCCAAUCAAGAUAAAAAUGAUCUUUUUGAGCUUCUUAUGAACUAUUGGAGAUGUCGAAAACAGCUGCUCCUGGCUGAAGUGGAAUUACAAACAAUGAUGUCGAAUUAUAAGAGUAUAAAAAAGAGACUAUGGACAUUUAAGGAAGAGCAAUUAAUCAUACAGGGAGUUUGUGCCGAUCAAGCAAAAGUUUCAGGUUACCAUCGAUUUCAGAUUGUGGAGAUGAACACAUUGGUUCUUGGGGAGCUGAAACGGUUGUUGGACGUCCAAGCUGAUCAUUUGCAUCAAACACUGGCUUUACAUGCUUAUACGUCAGUACUUUCUCGUCUACAGGUGGAAUCUUACAUUUAUAGGUUGUUGAACAGUUCACCAGCAUUUAGAGCAAUAGCAAUUUUGCAAAAACAAGAUAAUCAAGAAAUUGAUUGCAGCCAUUCAGAUAUGCAGUUUCUAAAGGACUGUAUCAGUGUACUCUUCAGUUUCACUCGAAGAAUAAUUGAAGAUGGUCAGUUCCAAGGUGACAUUCUUCUCUGGCUUCAGAAAUUGGUUGUUGUAUUACAUCGACUUGGCUCUACUGGUGACCAUCUCUUUCUGCUGAAUCACAUCCUCAGAUGUCCAGCAGGUGUGAGUAAAUGGGCAGUUCCAUUUGUACAGAUAAAAGUUCUUGGUCAUCCUUCAGGUGUAUUUCUAUUCAUGCAAGCUCUAGCCUUACUUAUGUCACCAAUCAAACAUCGAGCUGAAUUUUUGCUAAAUGUGAAACCCAGUGAAAAAAAGCCAUUAUCAGCUGCUCUGACAGGAAAAAACUCCCAGAACUGGACCCUGGUAGAUGAAGGUGGUGAAGAGGAUGAAGAUCCUGAUACCAGCUGGAUACUCAUGUCAGAGGAUGAUCUGGUUUCCCUUUUUUCACAGUUUCCUUUCCAUGAACUAUUCAAACACUUGCUUGGUAUAACUGUCAAAGGUGUUUACAAGCCAGAAACUAAUACCUGUCAGCAGAUGAUGAAGAUCAUUGGAUUUGCAUCCUCCUUGAUCGAGAUUCUAGCCGUGGGACUGGAAACUUUUAAUAGAGCACGAUACAGGCAAUUAGUAAAAAGGAUUGGUCAAAUGAUCAGGAGGACAAUUUGUUGCAUAAGUGACCACUGGGCUCAAUAUGUCGCUUCCCACAAGGAGCAUGGAAUCAUAUCCUCUCACCAGCCGUACUCCCUUCAGAAGCUCCAAGUUGAGUUUGAUGAGCUGUUUCUUAGAGCCGUGCUUCAUGUACUGAAAGCCAAAAGGUUGGGAAUUUGGCUCUUCAUGUCUGAAAUGCCCUAUGGGACCUUGUCAAAAAAUAUGAUAUGGAAGCUCUUCUAUAUUCUUCAUUGUGCAGAAAGUGAAAAUCGUGAAAGAUUGUGUGCUACUGUACAAUCUAUUGAAUGCAAAGACAAUCUUAAAGAUGCAGAACAUAAACAAAGGUUUGAACAAUACCUCUCUGAAAUUACCAGUUCUGAAGGAAUAUGUCUUCUUACCACAUUUGCACAUAUGAUCCAACCCAAACAUGAAAAUGUUGAUCUCGAGUUUGUGAAAACAGUUGUUUUGGAAAUAUAUGAGGUGGCUUAUGUGAGCCUUUGCACCAGAGAAAUCUUUUCUAAAGUUGGACGGGAACUUUUAGCCACAAUUUCAACUGCCCAUCCUCAUGUCAUCUCUAUACUUCUGGAUCGUGUCAGAGAAACUAUUGAGAAAGUUGGAAUGGUUUCUCUGUACCUGUUUAAAGAACUUCCUCUGCAUAUUUGGAGAAGUAACUCAGCUGAAAUGGGUGUGAUUCGUGAAUGGCUUCUGAACUACAAUUUAUCCACUGUGGAGAACAAACUGGCUUGUAUCAUACUUGAAGGCUUGAACUGGGGCCUUGAUGAGCAGCAAUCAGCACUUGCCCUCGACCCUGCUCUUCACACUGAAGUAGCGUUGAUGGUUCUAGAAGCAUAUCAAAACUAUCUCACUGACAAACCAUACAGUGGAUUCAUCUCGGAAAGCAUAAAACAGGUGUCCUACUUGGCCAAUGUUGUUCGUCUUGGUCAGACUCCUGAGGCCUCAUUUAAUCAUUGGGCAUGGGAACUGGUUGUCAGGUUAAAGCUUCACAAGAAUCAUUCAUACACCCAGGAGGGAUGGACACCUAUCAACGCCUCUCUGGUUGCACCCGACCUGACUGAAUCACCUACCCUUCAUCCUCUCUUCAAAGCUGUAAAAGCUGGUAUUCCUAUUGGUUGUUACCUUGCUCUGUCAAUAACAUCAAUAGGUCACAGCAUUGACAAGUUCUGCUCUGAAGGCAUACAUCUGCUGGGCAUACUGGUACAGUCAAAACAUCUUAAAGCAGUGGUUCAUGUGCUGGAUAAGGUCUUACCACUCUUUUAUCCUUGCCAGUAUUAUCUUCUGAAAAAUGAACAAUUUUUAGCCUACAUGCAGCUUUUUCUUCAGACCGACAGUGGUGUGCCUCAAGGAGUGACACAGCAAGUCACUCAGAAAGUAGCGCAACAUUUGAUUGGGGUCAGCUAUGGAGAAAAUGUGAAGUUUUUAAGCAGCAUGAUCCAGGUUCAUGUAUCAGAAAGCAACAAACCUGGUGGAGUGGGAGUAACCGCUGUUCUGGAUUUCUGGAUUCAGGUUUUGAUGAAUCAACACUUGUGGCACAGAGACAAAACAGUUCUGUUUCUGUUGGAUAAUCUGUGUAAAAUUGCAUUUCUAUAUCAUCAAGAAGACUGUUUGCAAAAGCCUCUUUACCAACAACACAAGAAUGCCCUUGGAUACCAUGGUGAUCGAGGACUUCUGUCUUCACUUGUGAGUUGGAUGUUGGCUGGUAACAUAACUCCCUCUUUUAUUGAAGGCAAUGCCACUUCCAAUGAGGUCUGGUUUUCUUGGAUCGUAUUCAACAUGGAGGCAAUCUUUGAAGAGGACUCCCAACUUCGUAGAUGUGUGGAACUUGAACUAAUUACCAAACCUUCAGUUACUCCUGAUCAAGCUCUAAAGAAAGCUCAAAGUCGUUUAAAGCUCCCCGUUGUGCCAUCGAUACAGAGGCUCCUGAUCUAUCGCUGGGCCCACCAAGCUUUAGUUACUUCUGCAGAUCACCCACUUCUGCCACUCAUCUGGCAAAAGUUCUUCUUACUGUACCUUCACCGACCUGGACCGGAAUUUGGCUUACCUGUCAGUAGCUGUAUUGGGAGACGUUAUUUCCAUAACCCUGCACAGUCUAAUUUGUUGAAAGAAAUGAAGAAACGUCUGGCCGAGGUAGCAGAUUUUCAUCAUGCAGCAAGUAAGGCUGUAAGGAGCUGGAGGAAUGAGAGUUGUAUUAAAAGUUCUUCAGUAGACAAGAACUUUGGAAGUCCGAAGUUAGAACCCACAUCACCAGAACUGCACAAAGAACUGCUCAGGCUUUUCCGUGUUUUUGCCUUUUGGCUUGAGGAUAUGAAUCUACAAAAAACUGAUCUCUAUCUACCUUCUUUGCCUUUACAUUAUGAUACACACAGACUGGCAAAGGUCAUGCAGAAUCAGCAGGAUCUGUGGACUGAAUACAUUGACAAUGAACGUAUUAAACAUGAGGUCUAUGAAUCCAUGAAUCUGUGGAUCCAGCUUCAGAAUGAACCUUCUGUCACUUACAGGACAUCUGGCUUUUCAAACUGUUGUGAUCCUUUUUCAGCAAGAGAUAGGAUCUUUAUUAAUCUGAAGAACCAUGAUACUCCUCAGCCUCCUGCUUGUGUACAGAAACUGAAAGCACCUGUUCCAGACAUUGCCGCAACCAGUCUAUCAGACAAGAAAGAAGCAAUGAGACUUAUUCAACGAGAUUUAAGUUUCUUGCUACAACAUGCAAAAAUGGCAGCUCUACGGGAGUCACAGCAAGUAGCACUAAGCUUGGAGCUGUUGGACGUGAUACCUAAACAAUACAGCAACCGAGAAGAACAAAUCACAAUGAAGCUGGAAUGCCAAGGCAAUGCCUCUUCUAAUCACGUGUGCCAAGGCGCAGCAAGAAUCCCUGUUAAGUAUGAGGGUGUGUACAUGAAUGAUGCCAUCAAACAACAACUUGGUACUUUGCGGAGAGACUUCAAGCAGUUGCAAACUGAUGCUGCAAAGCCCCCUCCUCAAAAUAUUGCUGAAGCAGCGGUACACGUGGAAAAUUUUAUAACGACUUUGGUGAAUGCCUUCAAACUCCAGCAAUUGGCAAGUUAUCAGCAAGUGGGGAUUGCUGUAUUUUAUGAAAUUGUCUCUUUUGUUUGUGAUGAAACUCAGCGACAUCCACCAACAAGGCAGUUCUUUACAUCCUGCAUUGAAAUCCUUGGACAGAUUUUUAUUAGUAGCUCAAAAACAGAAAGCAAAACUGUAUUGAAAACCAUUCUUCAAAACCGAAGACUGUGCAACCUUUUGUCACCAUACUUCACACCAAAUAUAUCUCCAGAUAAAUUUGUCAAUCUUUAUGAAAAAGUAGUCAGCGCCCUCCACACAAACAAGGGCGAUGUAAUCUUCAUGCUAUUAACAAAGUUUGACCUCGUGCUGUGGUUGAACUCCACCAAGCCAGUUAUGUCUGAACGUAAUCAGCUAUUGGAGUUGAUUCAUUUAGCCCUCACUUUAUGUGGCCUUCAACCAAAAGAAGAAAUCCAAAUGCCUUUUAACAUUUUUUGCAAACAUUGGAUGUGCAUUCUCCGAUAUCAGUUCCCUGAUCACUAUAGUGACUUUCUCCGACUCCUAUUGCAAAGUUCUUCAGAACAGAUGUUGAGUCCUGACUGCUGGAAGGCUACUCUACAGACCUUAGAAUGCACCAUCUCAGAAGAAAACACACGUUCCGGAAUUACUAGAUGUUCAACAGCCCAGCAAUCUCAAAACAUUAGUCUGUCAGUUAAGCAGAUAGAGGAAACCAUACAAUGGCUUUCUGAUUUCUUCUUCAAACUACGCCUUUCAAAUUCAGAUUUGAAGAGUUUUGGACUGUUUUCUAAAUGGACUCCGUACAUGGAUGAAGUGAAGACAUUUUGGAUGUUCCUUGCCAAAUCUUUUAUUGACUCUGAAGUAUCCAAACUUGCACAAGAAUCUGUGGCCAGCAGUAGAAAUGUGACAGGAUUGCAAGUAGCAUAUGGAAAACUGAUGAGACUUUUUAGGCCAUGGUUACUGGUACUAAAAUUGGAAGAAGCAAGUACUAAUCGUUGCUACCCCUGGCUAGAGAUAGACACUCCAACAGCCUCUUGCAUGGUGAAGUUAUUUUCAGAAUGUGUUGAUUAUCUACAUCAAAGUUUUAAAGGUAAACUAAUCCCUGGCCAGUGUGGUGCUCUGUGGUUCCAUUUGAUGCAUUACUGUGAAACUUGCACUGCGCCCAAAAUGCCAGAGUACAUUCUGUAUGCCUAUCACUCUGAAUACUCCAAACUGCCAUGGAGAGAGCUACACCCUGAUCAAGCCUUAAUGGAAGAGUUCUUUAAAGUGGAGAGAGGAAGCCCAAAGAGUUGUUUCUUAUUUCUGGGCACUUUACUUUGUGAAGUGAAUUGGGUUAGUGUGCUGUCUGAUGCCUGGAAUUCACAAGCCCUCUUGAAAACGCAGACAAUGGUUGUGUAUUUAUUGUUCAUGAUAAUUUUCUUGUCGAAAGAGGAUGAACUUAUCAAUAAACCAGAGUCUCCACUACACAACCUUCUUGGACAAGCAAGUUCAUUGCCCUGGCAUUUUGUGGACAUUAUAUCCUACCAAAAUGUCAUGAGCUACUUCAGUAGCCACUACUCACCAUCUGUUGUUGUAGCAAAAGAUCCAUCGGCUAAACUAACACUUAAGCUUUUAAAAGUUGUUGCAGGUUUUAAUGCUACCUUGGACAGUGUAGCACACAGUGAUGCUACACUUAAAUGCAGGGCAUAUAUCCACCAAAUUGUCCAGUGUCUGAUUACCUUGGAUCAGAAUGCUCAGGUAGUCAAUGCUACUCUUGAACAAGAGAUGACAAAUUUACUGGAUGACAUUGUGGUAUUUAACCCACCAGGUGUGGACUGUCAGAUGCAUCACAUGGCGGUAUCCAGUCUUUUUAUGGAAGUACUAACAAUGCUAAACAACACCAGUGUUACAUCAGCAGAAUCGCUGCGAAUGUCCCUCCGGACUUGGACUGAAACUAGGGCUAAAUUUAAUUUGGUGCCACCAUUGCUAACUGCAACUUGUCAAAGACUUGCAUCCGUCAAGCACAUGGCAGAGAUGACUGAAGCCUGCAUCAUGGCUUAUUUCAAGGAUGGAGCCUGUCAUGAUCAAUAUUUUGGAUGGGGACCUAUUUUAGUGUCCCUUUUAGUACCCGAACUGACUGCAGAGGAAUUUCUGAAAGAGUGCUUGGACCUGGGAAGUUAUUUGACCCUCUACGUGUACAUCCUUCAACAUUUGAAUAUGGAGCAGACCCUGUCCAAUGAAAUGAAGAUGUUGGUUCUAAUUAACAAAUGGGUAGAAGAAGUCUUUCCGAGUUGCACAAGCGAUGAAGCUAAAUUGUUCCUGUGGUGGCACAAAGUACUGCAAUUAACAUUGACCCAGCUUGAGCAGAGUGAUGUCGUGGUAUUGGAAUUUUUGACGAGCAUACUAAAUACGCUGCAAAUGAGACAAAGCCUCCUGGCCGAGGAAAGGCAGUCUUCUGGAAUUCUGGGAGCAAUUGGUCUUGGAAAGAAGUCUCCGUUCUCAAAUAGGUUUCGGGUGGUGGCACGGAGCAUGUCAGCAUUCCUCCUGGUUCAAAUUCCUGCAGAGAACUGCGUUCGACUGAAGCCUAGCACAGAUUUACAGCCAUCUCCCAAAGCACAACAGGUAUCACAGAAUUGCUCUUGUGUUAAUAUGAAAACUAUUCUGUGCUUAACAAAAUGCAAUAUGAAGCAUCUUCAAUAUUUUUAUUUUAUUUUAGGCAUUAACAUACUUGAAUCAAUGUCAUCAAGCAAACAGUAUGCCAGCUAUCAAGAAGAGAUUUUACAAGCUACAGUUUUCAUCAAAGACACAAGCUACUGCCUUUGUGACACCAACAGAUUAUUAGCUGUUCUUAUCAACCGUCUUUACCCUGAGGCACAUUAUCUAGACAUCAUCCGAUAGAAUUUGCUUUGAACAAACAUAUUUCAAUCGAAAAACUAUAAUAUUUUCACUAAUACAAGAAGACCUGUUACACAUCUCCCAAUUAAAGUAUUUUAAUAGGUUAACAUCAUUAAAACCUUUGCUAAAUGUACCUCUGUACAUUUGAACCAGUCAUCAGACCAUUCAGGAGACCUGUAGCACAGUGGUUAGAGCACUCGCUUUGCAAGCGA